AUGGAAGUCGGUCAACGUCUUCGAGUUAAUGUAGAUGUGGCCACGAUUCGUUACAUCGGAGAAGUGGAUGGAUAUGGUUCACAGAGAUGGAUUGGCCUAGAAUGGGAUGAUCCGAGUCGUGGAAAACAUGAUGGAGUUGUUAAAGGUCAUCGGCAUCCAACAGGAGGAUCCUUGAUGAAAAUGGAAGCCGUUCCACAGCCGACAGAUCUUCUGUUCGAGAUCAGGGAUCGGUAUGUGGAAGAUGAAAAUGUCGAAAACGAAAUCGAACUGGCACAGUCUUCCAAGAAAAUUGAACUGAUUGGAAUGGAACAAACUGCAGCAAAACAGAGUAACAUUGAAAAACUUGUAAAUAUUGUUCUGGAUAAUCGAUCUGUCGGCUUCCCACCACCUUCUGAUUCUCCUCAAUUCCCUUUAUGCCAGGAAUUGAACCUGUAUGGAAAUUUAUUGUUCAAAUGGGAAACAGUCGGACAGAUUCUGAAACAUUUUCCAAAAAUUCGAGAGCUGAAUUUACGAAGGAAUCGAAUGCGAUCUUUCGCUGAAGAGGAAAAUGAGUGUGAAGGCGAGAUUUAUUCAGAAUCCUGUAGAAAGUUAGUGAUCAGUGAAUGCUCAAUAACUGAGAAUUCGCUCGACCCCGUCCUUCGAAGGUUUCCAACUACUUCCGAAGUUGUUGCAUUUGGAAAUGAUCUCAAAAGGUUCCUGGUGUCGGAUUCAGUUGCUCAUCGACUCACUUUACUAGAUCUUGAAGACAAUCUCUUUGAUUCUAUAAAUGCGAUUGAAGGCGUUUUCCCAAAUCUCACACAACUCUCAAUCGCCAACUGUGGAAUCACUAGUCUUGCGGAUUUUGAAGGAUGUUCAAGGUUUCCGAGAUUGGAGUAUCUAAAUGUUCGAGGAAAUGUAAUUACGGAUUGGAGAAGUGUGAAUGCGAUGAAAUCUUUGAAGCACAUGAAACGGUUGCUAUUUGAUUGCAAGGCGAUGAGCGUUGAGAAAGGAAUUCAUGCUUAUGAAGUUGUCAUAGCAAAGCUGAGCACACUGAUCGACCUCAAUCGAUUUGAUGUUUCGGAAGUCGAAAGGAGGUCUGCUGAGAUUCGUUUUCUGAACAAAUACGCUGGAAUCGAAGACAAAACCGAUCAUCAAGAAGAUAUCACAAGAUUGAUUGCAAUUCAUGGAGAACCAACUCUGGAUACAGCCAAAAAAGGCCUAACUGUGGUUCAAAUUCGAAUUGAAUGCGGGAAUAGGGUAGAAACGAGAAAGCUACCAUUAGCAAUGAAUGUACAAAAAAUAAGAGAUAUGCUAACUCGCCUCUUCAAAUUAUCUCACUCAGCAAACGCUCGUCUUUAUCUAGUGAUGACUGAAAAAACGAAACAACAUAGAAUCGAAUUGGACAAUCCACUUCGAGAAUUUGGGUACUACUCGCCUUCAGAAGAUCGUGAUAUUCUUGUUGUUGAACAUGAUUGA